AUGGCCGACAGGCGAUCCCGGUCCAGGCUCAGGCGCAGCGGCCACCACAACGCGCGGGCGGCGGCGGCCCAGACUGAAUUAAGUGUAGAAAAUAGGAGAAAAUCUCUCAGAAGCACCCUUGCAAAGCAGAGACUGGCAGUGUUCCCUGAUCUCAGAAAUGGCACACCACGGCUUAUGCUCAAGAGAGUCGUGCAGAACCAGCCCCAAGUUUCACCACUGGCACCUCAGAUAUCUAGCCAUGAAGACACACAAGAAGUUCAUUCAGAAGUCCCAUCUAAGAGGGUUUCCAGCAUGGGGGAAUUGCAGCUACCAGAUGUUGCUCCUGAGGGCAAAUCUAUCACUGUGUUCCACACGACAAAGAAGAGAAGGAAAUUAAGCAUUUCUGAAUUUGAGAGAGCAGCAGAGAGACGACUUCCCCAGAACCAAGCUCCAUCAACGUUGGACAGCACAAUUACAGCUCGAUCCUUUCGUAUGUCUGUGGGUUCCUUGCUGGCCCCAGACACCGUUGAAAAGAGGGGCUUGCUCCGGAGACCAAAAACCCGCAAGGCUGUUGACUUACAAGUGUUUGAAGGCAAAGUGGAACAGAACAUGCUGAACAGCAAAGGACAGAACUAUCUUGUGGACUCACAGUCUAUAUCUGGGAUUCGAACAAGCAUCCUGACAAGUGAUGCAGAAAUGAUGAUGAAUACCACGGAGCUCUUUGUUCAGCCCCAACUGGAUGAACAGAACCAAAAUAAAUUUUCUGCUCUUGAGCCCCAGCAGUCAGAUUCAAAAACUACAGCACAGAGGAGCCUGAUUUCUGAUGGUGAUCAAGAAGAAGAAAGGCUGGAGGGCCUGGUAUCCGAUGUAAGAACAAACGAGGGAAGGACCCAAAGAGACUCCAAGAGCUCAAGCCUUCAUGAUGAGCAUGUUGACAGAAUGACUCACAUAUCUCCAGAAACCCGUGCAAAGCAGCAAGAAGAAAAGCAAGAUCAGUCCCCACAGAGCAACCCAAUGGCACAGAUUUCUUUUUCUGAAGAAGAGGUGGCUGGCACUCCAGAACAUGGUCCAAGUGCUGGAUAUUCUGAACAUUUGGAGAAGAAGCUGGCUGAAAAAGCAGAAUUGCAGAUAACUACAGCACAGGACAGCAGAGGUGAAACAGAAAUGGCUUCUUCAGCAGCAGAGGAACUGGCAGAAGGCAGCGUUGGAGCCCACGGCUCUCCAGGAGCUGAACAUAAGAUUACCAAUGGCAUUGGAGCUGAAGGACUGGACAGGAACUCUCAUGCCUUUUCCUCAUUUGAUAAACGUGGGAUGAUUUUGUUAGAUGAAACUGAUGAACAAGGAGAUGAACUACAAGACCAGGCUAUCAUGCUAGAUUUGAAUAGUUCAGUGGAAGAGCCUGCUCAGGAUGAAGCUGAACAGCCUGCUAGUGGAGAGGCUUCCAUGAAGACUCCUUUGUUUGUCCGUGCUCCAGCCAAAAACCUCCUGCUGUCAAUGCCACAUGUUGAAAAAGUUGCUGCUCCCAGGUCUCCCCAGCAGCUGCUGCAGCCCAAGACAGUUCCAAAGAGAUUGGGACCACCUCAGAGGAAACCACGUGAGCCUCAAAUACCAGGGAGUUUGAUAAAGGAGAUAUUCAGACAUUUUGCUAAAAUGCCAGUGACCAAAGAGGCAUUCAAAAUUGUUGAAAAAUGCUCUGAGAGAUACUUCAAGCAGCUGAGCAGUGAUCUGGAAGCUUACACCCACCAUGCAGGGAGGAAGACAGUGGAGGCAGCCGACCUGGAAGUCCUCAUGAGGAGGCAAGGGCUGGUGACAGACAAGAUGCCACUGAAUGUGCUGAUAGAGCGUUACCUCCCUCUGGAGUACCGGAAGCUCCUGAUUCCAAUUGCAGUGAGUGGAAAUAAAGUGAUCCCUUUCAAGUGAAGCUGCAGGGAUGGCCCCUGGGGGUGGAAGGUGGCCUGCUCCCAGGGGCUGGCUGUGGGCUGUUCCAUGUCACUGCUCCAGGUGAUGCUUUUCCACAACUAACCAGUCAGGUGACAACUGCUGGAUGUUCUGAGUGGAGGCAGAUUGUGCUGUGGCCACCACACCACCCUGCUGGCUCUCACCAGCCUUUGUUACAAGUAAUUUGGCUAUCCAUAUUUUUGUUCAUUACCUUUUAAUACUUGUACAAUUCUUAUAAAUAAAAUGUUACAUGUGUUUUGUGUGAUGCCGAUGCUGCUUAUGUCAGUGAGCUGAGAGGCUCCUGCAUUGUGGUGUUCAAAAUGUUCCUGUCAGGCAUUUAGCUGUGUUGGUGCUCUGUGUUUGGCACGCCUGUGUGGUUUCUGUGGCUCUGCUCCCAGUGGGAGCCAUGGUGUCCCUGUACAGACAGUUGCUGCAUGAAGGAGCUGGUCCAUGCGGUGCUCCUCACCCAGGGAAACAAAGCAGAACUUCUGUGUGUGACUGUACUGCUUCCAGGGAGCUUAAACAACACUAGGAAUGAGAUCUGGCACAGCAAAGGGUGCCAAGAAAGAAUAAUGCCUGUCACAGGUACCAGUUUCAGAGGGAUGGAGAUGGAUAUUGAACUUGCUCUUCAGUGUCCUUCUGGGGAGUCAGUGUGACACAAGUUGUUUCUCCCCAUCCUGAGGCUGUCCUAAAUCCUGCUGCAGGUAUGGAUCCUCCUCUCUGGGUUAUGCUGUGUGUGCAGUACAGCUUCCUCAAACUACAGCCGAAUGGUACAAUUCAUAGGGAAUCCUGGAAAUCCAGCCUAGCUCUUGGCAGCAGCACUUGGAAGUUUAACAGGUUUUGCAGAACACUAAAGGACAUAAGGGCCAAUAGAGUUAAAAUCUCUUCAGCAGCCAAUGCCAAUCUGAAGAGCAGGCGUUUUUCAAGGAUUUAUUUUUAAACAUAAUUCCAUUAAUACAACAAAGAGCAUUUUUUUUCUGAUACAGUGUGACUGAAUGGUCCUUUGAGAAGCUUUGCUGGGAGCAGUGUCUGCAUGUCCUUCAUGGAUGGGAUUUCCCUCUCUAGUGUGUGUCAGAGUUCACAUCUCACAAGAAGCUGCAGCUUCCCAAGAGGAGGAAUGGGAGGGGACAGUGCUUUGCAGCUGCUGCCUGUCACACUACUGGGCUGCCACUGGAUUUGGAUGUUCCACGGGAAUUCUUCAACUCACUGUAGCCUUUUCCUUACACUGGGUGUGUUCCAGUUGAUACCUGUUUGGCAGUCUGGAGUCUCAAAGGCUGUAACUUUCUGUAUCAAACUGGUCUGUAUGGAUAUCUAAAUAUAUAUAUUGUAACUGUAUAUGUAAUCUAAAUAUAACAAGUCUAAAUCUGUAACUAUGUAAACAUUCUCUCAAGUAAGGGAAGAUCAUUCUGUCAAGAUCACCUUGUGUCAGACCUGUAACUUCAGCUGCAGAGGAAGAGACUGCAGCUCUUGCCUUAAGUAGGUCUCCAGUUGCUCCGACAAUCAUGGCUUUGGAAUGAUGACAAGGGCCUGUUUAUUGCUAUGGAGACAUGGAAAAAGAAUGGAAACAUGGAAUUAUGUGUGUCAUAGACAGAAGAAUGAACUCAUAAGUCUGCUCAAGGAUCUUGUUUUUCUUCCUGCUGGCCGUGGUUUCACGGCAGGAGUUUUGUAGUGUACUGUCAAGGCGUAAUUGUAUUGAAAAACAUACAUAAAUGUAAACAAAGACUGUGUA